AUGCAGCUAUCUCUGUUCCAUUCAUCUAUCCAUCCAUCUAUCCAUCUUUGUUCGCAUAUAUCUAUCUAUCUAUCUAUCUAUCUAUCUAUCUAUGUAUCUAGCUAUCUCUGUUCGUAUCUAGCUAUCUCUGUUGCAUCUAUCUAUCCAUCUUCGCAUCUAGUUAUCUCUGUUCGCAUUCAUUCAUCUAUCUUCCCAUCUCUGUUCGUAUCUAUCUAUCUAUCUAUCUUCGCAUCUAUCUAUCUAUCUAUCUUCCUAUCUCUGUUCUGCAUCUAUCUAUCCAUCUAUAUAUCUAUGUAUGUAUCUAGCUAUCUCUGUUCGUAUCUAUUCAUUCAUCUAUCUUCGUAUCUAGCUAUCUCUGUUCGUAUCUAUCUAUCUAUCUUCGUAUCUUGCUAUCUCUGUUCGUAUCUAUCUAUCUAUCUAUCUAUGUAUCUAGCUAUCUCUCUAGCUAGCUAUCUCUGUUCGUAUCUAUCUAUCUAUCUAUCUAUCUCUGUUCGUAUCUAUCUAUUCAUCUAUCUAUCUAUCUAUCUAUCUAUCUAUCUAUCUCUGUUCGUAUCUAUCUAUCUAUCUAUCUAUCUAUCUAUCUAUGUAUCUAGCUAUCUCUGUUCGUAUCUAGCUAUAUCCGUUCGUAUCUAUCUAUCUUCGUAUCUAGCUAUCUCUGUUCGCAUUCAUCUAUCUAUCUUCGUAUCUAUCUAUCUAUCUAUCUUCGUAUCUAGCUAUCUCUGUUCGUAUCUAGCUAUCUCUGUUCGUAUUCAUCUAUCUAUCUUCGUAUCUAGCUAUCUCUGUUCGUAUCUAUCUAUCUAUCUUCAUAUCUAUCUAUCUAUCUUCGUAUCAAGCUUAACUCUGUUCGUAUCUAGCUAUCUCUCUAUCUCUGUUCGUAUCUAUCUAUCUAUCUUCGUAUCUAUCCUAUCUAUCUUCGUAUCUAGCUAUCUCUGUUCGUAUCUAGCUAUCUCUGUUCGUAUCUAUCUAUCUAUCUAUCUAUCUAUCUUCGUAUCUAGUAUCUCUGUUCGUAUCUAUCUAUCUUCGUAUCUAGCUAUCUCUGUUCGUAUCUAUCUAUCUAUCUAUCUAUCUCUGUUCCUAUCUCUGUUCGUAUCUAUCUAUCUAUCUAUCUAUCUAUCUUCGUAUCUAGCUAUCUCUGUUCGUAUCUAUCUAUCUAUGUAUGUAUCUAGAUAUCUCUGUUCGUAUCUAUCUAUCUAUCUAUCUAUCUAUCUCUGUUCGUAUCUAUCUAUCUAUCUAUCUAUCUAUCUAUCCCCGUUCGUAUCUAUCUAUCUCUCUAUCUAUCUAUCUUCCUAUCUCUGUUCGUAUCCAUCUAUCUAUCCAUCUUCGUAUCUAGCUAUCUCUGUUCACAUCUAUCUAUCUAUCUAUCUCUGUCUGCAUCUAUCUAUCCAUCCAUCUAUCUAUCCUGUUCGUAUCCAUCCAUCCAUCCAUCUAUCUUCGUAUCUAGCUAUCUCUCUAUCUCUGUUCGCAUUCAUCUAUCUAUCCAUCCAUCCAUCCAUCUAUCUCUGUCUGCAUCCAUUCAUCCAUCUAUCUAUCUAUCCUAUCUCUGCAUUCAUCAUCUAUCUAUCUAUCUAUCCAUCUAUCUAUCUAUCUAUCUAUCUAUCUAUCUAUGUAUCUAGCUAUCUCUGUUCGCAUCUAGCUAUCUCUGUUCGUAUCUAUCUAUCGAUCUUCGUAUCUAGCUAUCUCUGUUCGUAUCUAUCUAUCUAUCUAUCUUCGUAUCUAUCUAUCUAUCUAUCUUCCUAUCUCUGUUCAUAUCUAUCUAUCUAUCUAUCUUCGUAUCUAGCUAUCUCUCUAUCUCUGUUCGUAUCUAUCUAUCUAUCUAUCUAUCUAUCUAUCUAUCUAUCUAUCUAUCUAUCUAUCUUCGUAUCUAGCUAUCUCUGUUCGUAUCCAUCUAUCUAUCUAUCUUCGUAUCUAGCUAUCUCUGUUCGUAUCUAUCUAUCUAUCUAUCUAUCUAUCUAUCUAUCCAUCUAUCUCUGUUCGUAUUCAUCUAUCUAUCUAUCUAUCUAUCUAUCCAUCUAUCUUCCUAUCUCUGUUCGUAUCUUCAUCUAUCUAUCUAUCUAUCUAUCUAUCCAUCUAUCUAUAUAUCCAUCUAUGUAUGUAUCUAGCUAUCUCUGUUCGCAUCUAUCUAUCCAUCUAUCUAUCUAUCUUCCUAUCUCUGUUCGUAUCUAUCCAUUCAUCUAUUUAUCUAGCCAGCUAGCUAGCCAUCUCUGUUCGUAUCUAUCCAUCCAUCCAUCUAUCCAUCUAUCUCUGUUCGUAUCUAUAUCUAUCUAUCUAUCUAUCUAUCUAUCUAUCCAUCUAUCUAUCUAUCUAUCUCUGUUCGUAUCUAUCUAUCUAUCUAUCUAUCUAUCUAUCUAUCUAUCUAUCUAUGUAUCUAGCUAUCUCUCUAUCUCUGUUCGUAUCUAUCUAUCUAUCUUCGUAUCUAUCUAUCUAUCUAUCUUCGUAUCUAGCUAUCUCUGUUCGUAUCUAGCUAUCUCUGUUCGUAUCUAUCUAUCUAUCUUCGUAUCUAGCUAUCUCUGUUCGUAUCUAUCUAUCUAUCUUCGUAUCUAUCUAUCUAUCUUCCUAUCUCUGUUCGUAUCUAUCUAUCUAUCUUCCUAUCUCUGUUCGUAUCUAUCUAUCUAUCUAUCUAUCUAUCUAUCUAUCUAUCUAUCUAUCUUCGUAUCUAGUAUCUCUGUUCGUAUCUAUCUAUCUUCGUAUCUAGCUAUCUCUGUUCGUAUCUAUCUAUCUAUCUAUCUAUCUAUCUAUCUAUCUAUGUAUCUAGCUAUCUCUGUUCGUAUCUAUCUAUCUAUCUAUCUAUCUAUCUAUCUAUCUAUGUAUCUAGCUAUCUCUGUUCGUAUCUAUCUAUCUAUCUAUCUAUCUUCGUAUCUAGCUAUCUCUGUUCGUAUCUAUCUAUCUAUCUAUCUAUCUAUCUUCGUAUCUAGCUAUCUCUGUUCGUAUCUAUCUAUCUAUCUAUCUAUCUAUCUAUCUAUCUAUCUAUCUUCGUAUCUAGCUAUCUCUGUUCGUAUCUAUCUAUCUAUCUAUCUAUCUAUCUAUGUAUCUAGCUAUCUCUGUUCGUAUCUAUCUAUCUAUCUAUCUAUCUAUCUAUCUAUCUAUCUAUCUAUCUCUCUAUCUCUGUUCGUAUCUAUCUAUCUAUCUAUCUAUCUAUCUUCGUAUCUAGCUAUCUCUCUAUCUCUGUUCAUAUCUAUCUAUCUAUCUAUCAAUCUAUCUAUCUCUGUUCGUAUCUAUCUAUCUAUCUAUCUAUCUAUCUAUCUAUCUAUCUUCGUAUCUAGCUAUCUCUGUUCGUAUCUAGCUAUCUCUGUUCGUAUCUAUCUAUCUAUCUAUCUAUCUAUCUAUCUCUGUUCGUAUCUAUCUAUCUAUCUAUCUAUCUAUCUAUCUAUCUAUCUAUCUAUCUAUCAAUCUAUCUAUCUAUAG